AUGGGUGAGGACCAAUCAGGCACGCGGAUCUGCUUUAGCGGACGCACCGGCGCAAUGGUCAUGAAAAGCGUCUCGAUCUUCCUGGCGACGGGGCGCAAGGUGUCGAGCGCCUCGCGUAGACAGCAGUCGUGCUCCAGCAGUGGCGGCGUCGGUGCCGAUACUACCAGUCAAUCCAAAUCCUCUAGAAGACGAAGAAGAAUGCCGGAAGAUUUCUCCCUUAAAAGCUCGGCUCAUCAUGCCAAAUUCAUCGAAGCGCUCAGGAAGAAGACCCGGUUCUCCAAGCAUGAACUGGAGGCAUUAUGUAAAAUAUACAGCAAACUAAUCAGCAGUCCAUCAACUCGACCUGGCACUUCCGGCAUAAAUAAUGGGGCUUCAACUCUGCAAACAGUAGAAGGCAUUGAUAGGACAAUAUUCAGAGAAUUGCUUCACAAUACUUUUAACAUAUUGACAGAAGAUGCAUUGAUUGAGCGAAUGUUUUCUUGCUGGGAUAAAGACAGCGAGGGCGCAAUAAGAUUGGAACCUUGGGUCAUAGGAUUAGAUGUUUUUUUACGAGGAAGCUUGCAUGAUAAAAUGGAAUUUUGCUUUAAAGUUUAUGACCUGAACGGCGAUGGUUUCAUCUCCAAAGACGAAAUAUUUCAAUUAUUUAAAAAUUGUUUGAUGAAACAAUCUGGAGAAGAAGACCCAGAAGAAGGCGUGAGAGAUCUUUCGGAAAUGGCUUUAAAAAAGCUCGAUGUCGAUCACGAUGGAAAGGUAUCGUUUUCUGAUUACGAGGCAACUAUACAAGAAGAACCAUUAUUAUUAGAAGCAUUUGGUCAAGUACUACCGUCGUCAGAAAGUGCGUCUGCAUUUUUAUUGACGCUUAGACCUUCAUAAACAUCUCCGAAUAAAUGCAGGAUUUUUUCAAAAAUGAUGCAUCAUGAUUCUUUGUACCUGAAA